AUGUACUCAAAAUAUAUCGAUGUACAUGCACAUGUUUAUCCAGCCUCUUUUCCAAACACUCCAAUUGAUCAAAUAUUAAUUCGAGCAAGAGUCGCAAAUGUUUCUUCAAUUGUUUGUGUAUCAGAAACCAUUGAAGAUGCUCGCAGUAUUCUCAAGUUGAAACAUGGUGAUGAUUCAAAACUAUCUGCUUCAUAUAGACAAAUGAUUGAACCUUGUGCUGGUUUACAUCCAGUUGAUCCAUUUGGAGCGAAAAGUGUUGUAAAAUUGGAACAAGUUGAACCAAUUAUUAAUUUCAUUAAAGAAAAAUCAUUUGAACUAGUAGGAAUUGGUGAAGUUGGAUUGGAUUUUACACCGCAUGUAUUAAAAAAUGCGAUCAAAUCAUAUCCUGAAUUGAGACUUGACGAGGAAAGUUUGAAAAAGGUUCAACGAGAUGUCUUGGCACGACAAAUUGCUUUAUCAUUAGAAACUAGUCUACCGCUAAAUGUUCAUUCACGUUCGGCCGGUCAUUAUGUUAUUGAUUGUUUGAAAGAUUAUGGAGCAAGAAACGUUGUUUUGCAUGCAUUUGAUGGUCAAGUAAAAUAUGCAAAAGCAGGUGUUGAAAUGGGAUUUUAUUUCUCAAUUCCACCUUCAAUAAUUCGAUCAACAAAUAAAAAAAAAUUAGUGGAAGCCUUACCAUUAUCGAAUCUUUUACUCGAAACAGAUUCACCUGCUCUUGGACCUGUAAGAGGUGUUGAUAAUGAACCAAACAGUAUUGUUGUUAGUGCCAAAGAAAUUGCUAAAAUUAAGAAUUUAUCGGUCGAAGAAGUGGUAAGUGGUGUAAUUCAUAUUGAUAUGUGUACAUUGAUUGGAAAUUGUAAUUUGGAUGAAAUAAAAACAGUAGAAAAUUAUUAUUAUGGAUUGCUUUUAGCAUCAGAUGAAUUGGAAUUAUUGGAAUUAUUGAAGUAUGUAGAGAAACAUAUUUUACAAAAUGGAAUUCCAUGGCUAUGUGAAAAUGUGGUGAAGGUGUAUUCUGCAGCAUAUGGAAAUCAAUGUAUUACAGAAUUACAAGAACUUUGUGUUAAGCUUAUUUGUGAAAAACCAAAUAUAUUAUUUAAAUCAAAAGAUUUUCCUUGCACUAAUAAAUUGGCAUUGAUUAAUAUUGUUAAAAAAGAUUAUUUAAACACUAAUGAACUUCAAGUAUGGAAAAAAAAUCUUGCACCAUCACAAAAUCUCGAUGAAUCUGCAUCAAGAAAAGGUAUAUCAAAAUCAGAAAAUUUAGAAAAAUUUAAAAUAAUGAAAGAAAGGUUAGAAGACGUUUUGCCACACAUUAGAUAUUUUGAAGUGACACCUAAUGACUAUUAUAAUUUCAUUAGACCAUAUCAAAAGAUAUUAUCAGAAGAACUUAGAAAUCGUUUACACAAUCAUUAUAUAGUCAACAUACAUCAUUUACCAUCUGGCACAUUAAAGAAAAGAGUUCCAGUCAGAAGCUCUAACAUCUUUACUAAUGGACAUUUUGCAAUUAUAAAGAAUUGGAUUAGAAGAAUAGAAGGUGGUGGUGGGGAAGUGGGAAGCAUUAGAGGGGAAGUGGGUACAGGAGGAAUGGGGACAGGAAGAGAAAAAAAAAUAGAUUACAAAUUUAGUCGCAUAAAAUCAGGAACAAAUAAUUUUGAUAAAAAAUAUAUAACUCGAAAUAGCAUUGAUAAAAAUUUAAAAGGUUCUAAAUUAUUUAUAAUCAAAGUCAGAAAUAUUACUAAUGAUAUUAUUGGGGGAUAUUUCUCAUUUUCCGAAAAUAACAAUGGUGCCAGCAAUAAUAGUGACAAGACUAGUAGUAAUAACACUGGUAGUAGAUACAGAACAACUUCCAUGUCUGCCAUUAGCGCUGCUACUAGUAAUCCUAUUGCUAAUAAGCUUGUUAAGGAUAAUAAUGAACCAUUUUAUUUGAGCUCAAGUAAAUGUUUUAUAUUUUCAUUUAAGAAUAAUGGAUAUGAUGGGAUUUAUAGUGGAGUGAUUGAUAAAGAUCGAGCAAUUAAGAUUAAUGGGGAACAACCUAAUUCUUCUCUAAUUGGAUUUAGUUUUGGUAAUGAUUUAAAUCUUACACAAGAAACUUAUAAAUGUGAAGAUUACUCUAAAGAAAUUGUAAAUUAUAAGACAUUUCUAACUAGAGAAUAUGAAAUUUUCGAGGUAUUGGCUAUUUAA